GAGGAGGAGGAGGAGGAGGAUUGGGAGGACCAGCUAUGGAUCUGACCAGCAGCUCCGGCGGGGCGGGUGAUCCCCGUCAGAUCGAGGAGACCAAGCCUCUGCUGGGCGGCGAGAUGUCCGCGGUGGAGGGCGGUAAGCUGGGCGCCGUGCCCUGCCGGAGGGCCCUGCUGCUUUGCAACGGGAUGAGGUAUAAACUGCUCCAGGAAGGGGACAUUCAGGUGUGUGUCAUCCGGCACCCUAGGACAUUCCUCAGCAAGAUCCUCACCUCCAAAUUUCUGAGGCGGUGGGAGCCUCACCACUUGACCCUGGCGGAUAACAGCCUGGCAUCGGCUACGCCUACUGGGUACAUGGAAAACUCUGUUUCCUACAGUGCUAUUGAAGAUGUUCAGUUGUUGUCCUGGGAGAAUGCCCCUAAGUACUGUUUACAGCUCACAAUUCCUGGGGGCACAGUCUUACUGCAGGCUGCAAACAGCUAUCUGAGAGACCAGUGGUUUCAUUCCCUGCAGUGGAAGAAAAAGAUUUACAAGUAUAAGAAAGUCCUGAGCAAUCCAAGCCGCUGGGAAGUCGUCUUGAAGGAGAUUCGGACUCUGGUAGACAUGGCCUUGACAUCUCCACUGCAGGAUGACUCCAUACACCAGGCUCCACUGGAGAUAGUCUCCAAAUUGCUUUCUGAGAACACCAACUUGACCACUCAAGAGCAUGAAAACAUUAUUGUGGAUUUUGGGAAGUGCCCACGGCUGAGGCUCUUUACUCAGGAGUAUAUUCUUGCCUUGAAUGAGCUGAAUGCUGGCAUGGAAGUGGUAAAGAAGUUUAUUCACAGCAUGCACGGCCCCACAGGCCAGUGCCCCCACCCCCGGGUCCUGCCCAACCUGGUUGCCGUCUGCCUUGCUGCCAUCUACUCCUGCUACGAAGAGUUCAUCAACAGCCGCGACAAUUCUCCAAGCCUGAAAGAAAUCCGCAAUGGCUGUCAGCAGCAAUGUGACCGGAAACCCAACUUACCACUGCGCCUUCUCCACACAAGCCCCGACCUCGUCUGUCAGGAGGCGACACUGUCCGAGUCCCGCCUCAAGUCGGUCAUUGUCACUUCCAAUGAGAUCCACGUGGAGGUAGAGCGUAACAACACUGCCAACCAGAAGAUGACGGCCAACGCCGGCAACGACAGUGAGCCCAACCUCAUCGACUGCCUCAUGGUCAGCCCCACCUGCAGCACCAUGAGCAUCGAGCUGAGCGCUCAGGCUGACCGCAUCCUGGGCUGCUACGUGGAGAUCCUCAAGAUACUGUCAGACUAUGAUGACUGGAGACCAGCUCUGGCCAGCUUGCUUCAACCUAUUCCAUUCCCCAAAGAAGCUCUUGCGCAUGAGAAAUUUACCAAGGAACUGAAGUACGUGAUUCAGAGAUUUGCCGAAGACCCACGCCAAGAGGUCCACUCCUGUUUGCUGAGUGUGCGGACUGGCAAAGAUGGCUGGUUUCAGCUCUACAGUCCUGGUGGUGUGGCUUGUGACGAUGAUGGAGAACUUUUUGCCAGCAUGGUGCAUAUACUCAUGGGAUCCUGUUAUAAGACGAAAAAGUUUCUGCUUUCACUGGCUGAGAACAAGCUGGGACCAUGCAUGCUCCUGGCCCUGAGGGGCAAUCAGACCAUGGUGGAGAUUCUCUGUCUAAUGCUGGAAUACAACAUCAUAGACAACAACGACACCCAACUGCAGAUCAUCUCCACCCUUGAAAGUACUGAUGUGGGAAAGAAAAUGUAUGAGCAACUCUGUGACAGGCAGAGGGAGCUAAAGGAGCUGCAAAGAAAAGGGGGCCCCACCAGGUUAACUCUGCCUUCCAAGUCCACAGAUGCAGACCUGGCUCGCUUGUUGAGCUCCGGCUCCUUUGGAAACCUGGAGAACCUCAGCUUGGCCUUCACCAACGUGACGAGUGCCUGUGCCGAGCACCUCAUCAAACUGCCUUCUCUCAAGCAGCUAAACCUGUGGUCCACUCAGUUUGGAGAUGCUGGUCUGCGGCUCCUUUCAGAACACCUCACCAUGUUGCAAGUGCUGAACCUAUGUGAAACGCCUGUCACUGAUGCUGGUCUGCUGGCCCUGAGCUCAAUGAAGAGCCUCUGCAGUUUAAACAUGAAUAGCACCAAACUCUCAGCAGACACCUAUGAAGACCUGAAGGCCAAGCUGCCCAAUCUGAAAGAGGUCGACGUCCGCUACACUGAAGCCUGGUGA